UCUAAACGGGCCAAACAGGUCAAGUUCAUUAAAUUAUUCAAAAUUACAUUCUUAUUAGCCCAAAAUGGUGCUACUGUGUUCGCGUUGCGUAAACGCUACCUCCCUGGCCGUUGUCCGUCGUAAGUGUUCUACGGCCAGUAACGCCGGUUCCUACCAUCCGGUCGAGAAACGUCGCGUAGUUAUUACCGGGCUCGGAGUAGUUUCGCCGGUCGGGUGCAGUGUUUCGAAAGCGUGGACCAACAUUCUGUCGGGGGUGUCCGCCGUUGGAAAGUUGACUGAUGUUGCAUACGAGAAGCUUCCCUGUCGGGUGGCGGCCCAAAUAAAUCGGAAUGAACUGGAUGUGGAAGGCCAUUUUAGUAAAAGUGAACUGAAAAGCAUGGCUCGAGCAACCGCAUUUGCUUUGAUAGCUGCCAAAGAAGCCCUGGGGACUGCACAAUGGACUCCCACGGAGGAAGAUGUCGAAUCGUGCCAACGGACGGGUGUGGCUAUCGGGAUGGGCAUGGUGGAUCUGAUGGACGUGUGUGAAACCAAUGAAGCUCUUAAGAAGGGCUAUAACCGGGUAAGUCCGUUUUUCGUCCCGAGAAUUCUUCCGAACAUGCCUGCGGGGCAGGUAAGCAUCAAGUACGGGUUCCGAGGACCGAACCAUUCCGUUUCCACCGCGUGUGCAACGGGAGCACAUUCCAUUGGGGAUGCUUUCAGAUUCGUACAGAGGGGCGAUGCGGACGUUAUGGUUUGUGGCGGUGCGGAGGCUUGCAUCAGUCCUCUGGGAAUCGCUGGAUUUUGUCGGCUGCGAGCUUUGAGUACCUCGUUCAACGAGGAUCCUCAACGUUCCUCGCGACCGUUUGACGAUGCUCGCGAUGGCUUUGUGAUGGGUGAAGGCUCGGCGAUAUUUGUCUUAGAAGAGCUGAAUCACGCCAAAGCAAGAAACGCUCAAAUUCUAGGGGAAGUCCUGGGUUAUGGGCUUUCAGGGGACGCCUCCCAUUUGACGGCACCCCGUGAGGAUGGAACCGGUGCCAUGCUAGCCAUGGAACGAGCACUGAAGGACGCUAACUUAAGUCCUACCGAUGUUGGCUACAUCAAUGCCCAUGCCACUUCCACCCCCAUCGGAGAUGCUAUCGAAGCACGAUCCAUUCGUACCUUGUUCCAAGACAGCUGGAAACAAUUAGCCAUCUCAUCCACGAAAGGAGCUCAUGGCCAUCUACUGGGUGCUGCAGGGAACCUAGAGUCUCUAUUCACCGUUCUCGCGUGCCGUGAAGGAAUAGUGCCUCCGACGAUCAACUUGGAGAACAUCGCGCCCGAAAUGCACGGAAUGAACUUUGUUCCAAAUAAGGCGCAGGAUUGGUCAUCAAGUGGUGGCAACAGGCGCGUUGCGUUGAAGAAUUCUUUCGGUUUCGGAGGCACCAAUGCCUCGUUGUGUUUUGCUGAAUUUAAAGAAUAAAAGUACUGUGAUUGUUAGAAUUUGUUAGUUUGUGAAUAGAA